GGAAAACGAAAGUGAAAUUGGCAGCCCUGUCAAUGUGGAGUGCCCCGAACUGGUCAACAGAGAUCUCCACUGUGCUAAUACGGUUAUUACCUGAUGGCUUCAGCAAUGCCUUUAGAAAAGAUGUGGGAGGAAGUCACGUGCGCCAUCUGUCUGGAUCCCAUGGUAGAGCCUGUGAGCAUUGAGUGUGGCCAUGGGUUUUGCCGGGAAUGCAUCAUGGAAGUGGGAAAAAUUGGAGGCGGAGUCUGUCCUGUGUGCCGACACAAGUUUCUGCUCAACAGUCUGCGGCCCAACCGACAACUAGCCAAUUUGAUAGACAACCUUAGACAAAUGGUCCAGGACAAGGAGGGUGCACAGUGGGAGAGGUGUGGGGUGCAUGGAGAGAAACUUCACCUUUUCUGUGAGAAGGAUGGCAAGGCCCUUUGCUGGGUAUGUUCCCAGUCCGGGAAACAUCGUGACCACCACAUGGUCCCAAUUGAGGAGGCUGCUCAGGAGUAUCAGGAGAAACUCCAGGCUGCAUUGGAGAAACUGAGAAAAGAACAGGUGUUGGCUGAGAAAUUGGAAACGGAUAUUGUCACGCAAAGAGCAGCCUGGAAGGAAAAGGUUGAGACACAGAAAAUAAAGAUUCAUGCAGAGUUUGUGAAACAGAAAAACUUACUGGAUGAAGAGGAGCAGAGGCAACUGCAGAAACUAGAGAAGGAUGAGAGGGAACAGCUGAGAAUCCUGGGGGAGACAGAGGCCGAGUUGGCCCAACAGAGCCAGGCCCUGCAGGAGCUGAUCGCAGAGCUGGAGCGGAGAAGUCGGGGCUCUGCCUUGGAACUGCUGUCGGAGGUGAAAAUUGUCCUGGAAAGGAGUGAGUCUUGGAACCUGAAGGAGCUGAACCUUACUUCCCUGCACUUGACGGACACGUGCCAUGUGCCGGGAUUAAAGAAGAUGCUGAGGAUGUACGGAGUAAAUGUCACUCUGGAUCCUCACACAGCCAAUCCAUGGCUCAUACUUUCAAAGAAUCAGAGACAAGUAAGGCUUGGAAAGACCCAGCAACAAGUGCCUGAAAAUAAGGAGAGAUUUGAUAGUUAUCCCAUGGUUUUGGGUGUCCAGCACUUUGACUCUGGGAAGUUUUACUGGGAAGUAGAUGUGACAGGAAAGGAUGCGUGGGACCUGGGAGUAUGUCGAGACUCCGUGCAGAGAAAGGGACAUAUUUGGCUCUGCCCCCAAAAUGGCUUCUGGACAAUUUGGUUAUGGGGCAAACAACAGUAUCAGGCUGGCACCUCUCCCCAGACUCCACUCCACCUUCAGGUGCCUCCAUGUCAGGUUGGAAUCUUCCUGGACUGUGAGGCCAGAACUGUGUCCUUCUACAAUAUCACUGACCAUGGCUCUCUCAUCUACACCUUCUCUGAAUGUGUCUUCAAUGGACCUCUGCGGCCCUUCUUCAAUACUGGUUUCAAUGACAACGGAAGAAAUGCAUCUCCUCUGACCCUCUGUCCCCUGAGGAUGGGAUUGUAGGAUCCACUGGACCACUUGAUACAAACUCAGUCAUUGAACUUGCCACAUUUUCCUGUGAAUUUGAACCAGCUCUGUCUUUACAGAGGUGUCAAGAAGAAUACCAACAAGGAAAC